AUGGCUACCAUAUCAGAACGCUAUGACGAGCUCCUUCGAUGGGUAGAGAGCGACGGUGGACACCUCAAUCCCGCUAUUGAGAUAUACCAUGACGAUAUUACCAAAGGAUCGUUUCGUGUAAAAGCCACAUGCUCCAUUGGAGUGGAUGAUGCCAUAGUUACGCUUCCGCUUUCCAAGUCUCUGUCAUAUCUGGAUGCUAUUCGUGGCCACCCGGCUUUCGCUAGCCCAUCCACUUCCGACGCCCCAAGCCCUGAGGGCAAGGACUAUUUCCCGGAAGAAUUCUUGAAAGAAACGCCACCCCAUGUCGUCGGGCGUUUCUUUCUCAUACAGCAAUACCUACUAGGACCUGAGUCCAAGUGGUGGCCGUAUAUCCGUACACUGCCCCAACCCGAGCAUAUGAGCAAUGUCCUCCCGGUAAUGUGGCCAUCGGAUGAUAUCGAGUUUCUAAAGGGGACAAAUGCUUUCACAGCGAUCCAGGAUAUCAAGUCAAAUCUCAAGAAAGAGUACAAGAACGCCUCGAAGUUACUACCAGAGAAUGACCGUCUGAAAUAUACUCGGCCGCUGUAUCACUGGGCCUAUAGUAUUUUUACUAGUCGUAGUUUCCGCCCAUCGCUUAUUUUCCCUCCUGAGACUUCUUCAGGUUUGCCAUGCGAAUUGGACGACUUCUCAGUGUUGCUUCCCCUGUACGACAUUGGGAAUCACUCGCCGCUAGCUAAGAUUGCUUGGACCACCGACGAGCAGACUCAGAUAUGCGUGCUCAAGUCGAGGCAGACUUAUUCGGCCGGGGAGCAAGUAUUCAACAACUAUGGCAUGAAAACUAAUGCCGAGCUGCUUCUGGGGUAUGGCUUCAUACUCCCAGAAAGCAACGAUCUCCAUAACGACUAUGUUCAUAUCAAGACCAGGACAGACCCAGAAGCUGGUGAUUUGGCGGCCUCGCAUGUGAUAUCAUUGAGGCCUAUGGCGGAUCGUAGUUCGUUCGUUGGGCGUUCGAAACUUCUAAGCGCAAAUUCAUUGAGCUGUCUCCCUUGUUUUUCGCAUAUUCAAGAUACGCUCAUCGCUGCUCUAUACGAAAGCAUCACGAAAGAAGAUGGAACAACCGACACUAGUUUAAGUAGGGUCAUGCAGGGCGAUAUUCAGCAUGAAGUGCUGAGGAAAAUUGUCGAUAUAUUAGGAUCGAAAUUGAGUAUCGACUUGGAGGAGAUAGAGGUAAACGAACCAGAAUAUGAGGCUAACAACAGCAACCAGGAACUAGCUGUACUGUAUCGCGAGCAGUGCGUGAGGGUAUUGGAAAGCGCGCUCUGCAGCCUCAUGACAGUCGACGACUAA